UUCUCCUCCCGGAGACUUGUUGCAAUACGGGCACUGGUUGUUGGUUAGCACAGAUAGCAGUUAGCUCAGCUGGCGUUAGCACACUUUAGAAACUCGUGCUCCGUCCACACAUACACCAAUGACAGGGACGCCACCUGUUCAAAUAUGCGCCUAGAUGUUGACUGAUUCUCACAGACUGUCUUCUUACGGUUAACGUCAACGCACUGUGAAGCUUCCUCCUCAUACCCGAAAAGCACUAACCGAAGUCGAUUAUGGAUCCUGAAAGACUUAAACGAAGAGAGGAGGUCCAAAGAGCAAUGAACUUUAUUCAGUCAUCAUUGCCUUUUCCAGAGCCUGAGAAUUAUGAGCCAUUUCUAACCCAGUUGGUGUGUAACUUGCUGGACGAGGGCAAUGCCUGCUUUCGAGAAGGGGAUUGUCGCCAGGCUAUCCAGCAGUAUGGGGAAGGGAUAAGUGUUGCCCGCUACGCCCAGGCUGAGGCCCUCAUCAUCCCUCACGAGCUGCUGGACAGCCUCUACGUCAACAGGGCUGCUGCCCACUACCAGACGAGGGAGUUUGACCGAGGCAUUCAGGACUGUGACAGUGCACUCUAUGUGUCGGAGGGCAGUCGCAGGGCUUUGUACCGCAAAGCACUUUGUCUGAGGGAGUUGGGUCGACUUAGAGAGGCCUAUGAGUGUGGAACCAAAUGUCUCCUCACAGCACCACAUGACCGACAGGUGAGUGAACUGGCCCAGGAUCUGGCCAGUAAACUGGGUCUGAAGGGCCGCAAAGCUUAUGUCAGCCCUCAGAUAGAGUCGACAGCCAUUGAAGGGGAGAGUCUUGUGGAGACGUCACCACCCACAGGAGAGAUGUCGUCCAAUGGACUGGAAUCUCUGGGAGACAUUGGACCAUCGGACAUGUCCAAUGCACAGUGCAUCCCAGCUCCAUUGGCAACACCCAUCCCAGUCAGUGACGACCUGGUGACCCCUGUUGUGACGCCAUGCUCCGACUUGUCAGAGAGCCCCAGCAGCCAGGGUUUGCCUCCCAUGCCGUACUCUGUCCCGGAGUCUGACGAGUGCAUAGACGAAUGCAACAGCGUCAUCAAGGACAGUCUGCUGGAAUGCAUCCCCAAGAAAGUCAGUGAGAGUCCAGUCCAGGGUGCUAUCCCUACCAAUCUUCCCAACACGGCAGUCGCUCUCCGGCCUCCUUACUCCCCCAACCUUCCAGCCCCUUCCCCUCAGCUUCCUCCAGCCUUCUUCAGCUCCCCCAUCAGUGACAUGCCACCUAUGGAGCCUUACUCAUCACUGGCCCAGCGGGACCAAGGCUCCACCCAGGCGCAGGACGCACUGGGAGGCUUCACUGAAGUUGCGGAUGGAGACGGAAAGGCAGGAAUCGCCACAGGCGGACUGGACUCAUUGUCAGAGUACACUCUCCCUGGGGGACGAGUGUGUCACAGCUUCAUCCCUGGAAUGCGCAACAACACUGCACAUGCAAAUGGUCCAGCAGGAACAAACCUGUCUCUGCUCUCCAGGAACCCGCUGGCAGCCACACAUGAGUUCCGACAGGCCUGUCAUGCCUGUUACAGCAGAAUAGGUCCACGAGUGAUGGACUACAAGUAUCAGCCAGAGGCAGCACAUCGCUGUAAGAGAGAUGUGCUGCUCUGUCGCCUCAAAAACUCAGAUGAUCCCACCUGGAAGAGGAUCAGACCUCGGCCUGUACGGAACAACUUCCUGGGGGCAUUUGUUCUCUGUAAAGAGGUUCAGGAGCGUCAGGAAUGCCAGUACGGGGAGAACUGUACGUUUGCCUACUGCCAGGAGGAGAUUGACGUGUGGACGCAAGAGAGGAAGGGCGCGCUGAGCCGAGAGCUGCUGUUUGAUCCGCUGGGCAGCACAGAGCGGCGGGCGCUCAGCGUCACGCGACUGCUGCAGCUCCACAUGGGCAUGUUUAUGUUCCUCUGUGAGGAAUGUUUUGACAGUAAGCCUCGAAUCAUUAGCAAACGCAGCAAAGAAAACUUAGCGGUCUGUUCAAACCUCACAGCUCGACACCCGUUCGACGACAACAAGUGCCUGGUGCAUGUGGUGAGGUCGGCUAACGUGCGCUACAGCAAAGUGCGUCCGCUGCACCCCCUCUGCCAGUUUGAUGUUUGUCGCCACGAAGUCCGCUAUGGCUGCCAGCGCGAGGACAGCUGCUCUUUCGCUCACUCUGUCAUAGAGCUGAAAUGCUGGGUCCUACAGCAGGAUACUGGUAUCACCCAUGAGGAGAUGGUGCAGGAGUCCAAGAGACACUGGCAAAGGCUGGAACAGAACGCACAGAAGCAACAGAAGCCUAUCCACAUCCCACAUCCUAACAGCAUGCCUACAGGAGGAAUGGGAGGAAUGGGGGGUGGGGUCGGAGGAAUGGGGGGAGAUGGCUUAGGUGGAGGUGUAACCCCAAUGGGAGGGGUCGGCGUGGGGGGACUAGGAGCUGUGGCAGGACGGGGGCGACCCCUGAACCUGAAAAUGAAGUUUGUGUGUGGCCAGUGUUGGAGGGAAGGACAAGUUAACGAGCCCGACAAGAACCUCAAGUACUGCACUGCCAAAGCACGACACAGCUGGACAAAGGAGCGUCGGGUUCUGCUGGUAAAAUCUUUUGAGAAGAAAAAGUGGGUCGUUGUUCGGCCUCUGCCUUUCUCACGCACAUAUCCACAGCAAUACGACAUGUGUGUGCAUGUGAUGAAGCAGAAGAAGUGCCACUACAUUGGAAACUGCUCAUUUGCUCACAGUUUGGAAGAGAGGGACGUGUGGACAUACAUGAAGAACAACAGCCUGAGAGACAUGCAGCAGAUGUAUGAACUGUGGCUGCAGCUCACCAAUCAGUGUAGACGCACAGAUAGCUCAGCGGUGACCCCGCCUCCAGAGGACAAGCAGGUCACCAUAACGGCAGAUUACACAGAAACCAUGGGAGGCCGGCGGUUGUCAGAUGGGGACGACCUCUGAGUGUCACCAUGGUAACCAGAGGCAGCCGAACGGCUGCUGUUGCUGAGCUGCAGACGGACAGACCUGCCACACCAGCUACAACUGUCCAGUCAGUCACCAUUUCCAGUCUGACCUCCUCCAGCAUCCCAGCCAGCAGCAUGAGAGCAAGUGGACACACGACAGAAUAAUAGACCCCACACUCACACACUCACACUCACACACAUACACAAAACAUAUACAAAUUACAGGCACACUGAGUGAAAAUACAGGAUUUGGGCUUUAGUGUUUUGUUUUCUUAUCAUGCUGCAGUUCCACACAAUACCUUUUUAAGUUUCCCCUCUAGUACAUUGUACCGCAGUUCCACAGACGACAGUUUCUCCUUGGACUUAAAAUAAAGGAUUAAACGUCCUGAGUGCUGUUAGAACUCAGCAGCUCUGUGUCCACCAGUGACCUCUUUGAUUCUCAAAUCCUCUGAAAGCACUGAAACGGUCGCGUGACUGGGCGCGCUGGUCGCUGCCCUUUAAAGAAUGCUUGGUAAUAAUUCUGUUUAAGCUCAGCGCUCUUAACUCUUAAAUUGUAACUUUGGAGUGCCAAAAAGAAAGCACCAAGCUCUCAGUGCUGUCUAUGCCUGAUGCUGAAGUAACUACAAACCAAAUAGAAAGAGGUUAUUUUUUCUUUGGUGGACAUUCCUACUUGAGCUGCAUACCAACCAAAUCCCUCUCUUCUUCCUUCAUGGGAAUGAAAGUGAGUCUUGGUUUUUGUUUUUUCCCUGGGAGUCAUUCUUCCCUGUUGUACUUGUCUGCCAUAUUGGUAGAACUAUGUGAAUGUAAAAGCCUGCAUGGGCCAUUUUAAAACAAGGAAGUUCAAAUCAUUUUAAGAUGUUGCUGUGGUUGUGGAAUGCACGACGGAGAUACACUUAAAAAGCAAACUUGUGUAACUAACCCGCCCCCUCUUAAGCUUGGGGGGGGGGGGGAUGGUUUGAUAAGUUGUUAUAUCAUCACAUCAGCUGAUCCAGAGUGGGACGGGCACAAACACACACACACACCUCUUCACAUAUUUAUGUUGUAGUUGCUGUCGGCUCUGCUCAGUUUGAUGGAACUGGUGAUUAAAAUACGUCAGUUAAACAUCUGCAAUGUCAGGGCUUGUGCUCAGAGCGACAGGCACACGUGAAGCCGGUGGAGGAGUCACUGAUGAGUGCAGAUCCCCUCUUGGCAAUAGAUAAAGAUUAGACUGUUGAUAAGCAUUCAGAAAUAACGACCUCACUUGGACUGAAGCACGGUGAAAACACCGACUUAAGUUGUUGAAAAGAAGAUGAUAGCUUCCUAGUAAUUUAAGAGGGAAAAAAGGAACGUUUAAGAGGAUGAUUUAAAAGGCUGAAAAGUUGGAAGAUUAACUUUUUUUCAGAAUAUAUUUUUCUAUAAUCGAUUGUUCUAUUAUUUAAGGUGGUUUGAAAUGAUGAAUUAUUGAAUUAUGCCACGUCUUCAGUUGAACUGGGGUCCUUAUUUCGCUGACGACACGCCGCGCGCCCGCACGGCCUUCAAAACGGAAACCUGGGUUCCUCAUACGCACCUCAGUGUUUUGCUCCCUGCAGCUAACGACAAACCCCAAGAUAAAAAUGCGUCCCUCCAGAGAGGUCCAGUGUUGUAAGAUUUAGUCGCGUCUCUUUUUCGUAAGCGUGUUGGGGAACUACGGUGGCCUUCGCACAACAGCAAUGAUGUGUUCUAAGAGUGAGCUACCACUUUAAAGUCGAAAGGCUCACCUCUGGCUGCUGUAAAAACACAAACAUGGAGGCCUCCAUAAAUCAAGACUUUGGCCUCAUGUACAAAUUAAAAGCUUAUGCUACGCCUAUGAAAACCGAAACAUGGUCAAAAACUAUUACAUUUUGGUCAUAAACCAUUCUAAACGUUACACACUGGACUUUUUUUUUAAUGGGAAACCUGUGAGAAUGACACAGGGAAAUGAUUCACGCCACAUAUUGUGCCUAUAAACAACACAUCCACGUGUGACACACAAACACAGAUACACACACACACACAGAGGCAGAAUCCCUGUUAUGAGACUCGACGGAGGUAUGUCUAUAUUCUGAUACAUAUACACACAUAUUAUGCAUAUUUACAAAUAAUGGUAUACUACUAAUAAUAAUUGAUAACUUAGCGGUUAAGCUUAAUAAAUAUAUAACCUGAAAACCUGUAUUGAUUACAUAGAACUUCUUGUUAUUGAGGUAUUGCUAUAUGACACGUAUCGCUGAACUAGAUGACUAUAGUGAUUUUUUUUUUUUUUUCUUAAAGACUUUUAUUUUGUAAUUUUUCCUUCUGUGUGGGUUGUUCCAGACAGGGAGUGUUUGAGUUUCAUGUAAAAAUUGAUUAUGAAUUUCCCAGUAUUAAACUAAAGCAGUCUGACAUAAGAUUAUCAUUAACACAAAGCAUUAAAAACAUAUUUGAAAUAAGAUUUAGACAAGUUCGCUAAACACCGUCUUUCACUUUUCAAGUAAUUGUCCACAUCAAAUCAUGGACCAGAACUUUAUUGACAAAGGAGACACAAAAAGCAAAAGCAAAAGCACAGACUGUACAUAGAAAUAGGAGAGGAAUAUUUUAAGUAGCCACCAGGGGGCGACUCACUGGUUGCAAAAACAAGUGCGUUUGAAUCGAAGUCUAUGAGGGGGAAUUUGCUUCUUGCUUCCCACUUGAUUUGUAAACAUUUUCCUGGAGGAGUUAAUCGCUCGUUUCAGCUCUUCAGAUCACUGAGGCUUCACAGUGGGAGUUUGGAUUCUCAUUGGCGCAACUCAACUGUUCGCUCCACUUGCACAAAAAGACGAUUUGACAUCUGAUUCAAGCAAGCUAGAGUGUUCAGACUGAGACGCAUCUGAUUUUAGCUGCAUUUCAAAUAGGAAAUCUGUAUCGGUCCAAUAUUGGUCAAAAUCACAGAGUCGGAUAUUAUAGCUAAAAUCCGAUACAAUCCAAAAAUGUCGGACACAUGGUAAAAUUGAAUAAAAAUCAGCAAAAGCAUUUUAGUCGAGUCAUGUUUGGGCUAUUUAUUACAACAAUAGUUGUUGCACAGUUGGAGAACUAUGUCUUUGAAAUGACUCCGCAUAAAUGUGUUGCUAAAAUUACUUUAUCGGACUAAUAUCGGUAUUGGUGGAUUCUUGAGUUUGUGAUAUCAGUAUCAGUUUCGGACACAAAGUGGUAUCGUCCCAUCCCUAAUUUCAAACCACCUCCAAAUGUGGUUGGAGUCAGAUUUUUAGGCCUCACAUGAGUUUCCCCUGUUCUCUCUGCAGUUAAGCGUCGUAGACGGAUGAUAAUAAUAAGGAACCCGUGUCUGGAACAACCCCCCGAUAUUCGCUUCUUUGAGGGAUUGUAUUACUACUACUACCUAGUAUUAUGAUGAAUAUGAUGACGAUAAUGAUUGCUAUCUAUUGACUAUUUCUAUUUCUCUUCUAUAUGCUAUUGAUAUAUGUAUGUUAAUUGCGAUGUAUAUCUCUCUCUUUAUAUACGUAUCCAUGUAUGAAUAUAAUAAUUGACAGUAAAUAUGCGUCUGCGUAUGCGGCGGUGCGCAGCUCGGGCGGUGAGCGGAACGGCGAUCCAUCUCCUUGAUAGAUGUUGUAAGGUUUAUUUUUAAGGUCCUAAAGGUGGUGACGUCUGUUUAAAAUGUUAGACAUGCUAUACCUUUAAUGUUGUCCGAGCUCUGCUUGUCGGCCUUUCAUGGUGGGGGAAAUUAUGUAUAUGAGUAAAUGAGUAUAUACUGUUUCUCCCUUUGCGAGCAGAGCUCUCCGUCUGCUCACUGCCCAGUGCUGUGCCACUUUUUUCUUGAUCUCGAUUUCUCCGUCAGAAGACAGAUGUGGAAACGACAAAAAGCAUACACAGAGGCCUAUAUACUUCUGUAUAGCGCCUUAUUCGAUAUACUACAUCUAUAAGAUGAUACAUACCCUUAUUGUAUAAUCCUGCUUACUAUAUACAGUAUAUGAUACCUGAUACUUAUUAUAAUACUUAGACACCCUCAUAAGGUAAUUUAGAUAAGAGAUGGCGGAGCUGUUUUUCUUUUCUGUGGCUGUGGAAGAGUUUGCUGUCAACAGUAAAAGUGUCUCCAUCUUGUUUUUUUUAUUAUUAUCAUUUUUUUAUUUUCAGGGAGUUUUAAAAAGGACAGGUUGUUAAAAGGAAGCAAUGUUAUUUAUCGCUUUGUUUUAAAGUCCUGCCUUUUUUUUUCUUUUGAAAAACCUGCCCGAAGUGAGUUUGUUACGUGACAGAAAUAAGAAGCAAGAGCGUGAAGUGGGGAGCUCCUCUUCUGUUGCUGGAGGAAAAACCAGCGUUGAUGAUUUAAUUGACUCACACGGGGAAACAAAGAACUGUGGAAGUCUGUGCUGCAUGUUCUGUUUGUGUGUGUGUGUGUGUGUGUGUGUGUUAAAGGCAAAGCGAAUCAUGACACUAAUUAUAAAGGGAAGUUGCAACAUGUGACUGCUUCUGUCCACAAAUCUUUUCUAAUCAGGAUUGUUAAAUUUAUGACAGGUUUUGUUGCAAAAGUCAUUAAUAUUUGGAGAAAUUUGAUAUCGCUGCGUUACGUCCUUAUCUGCCGAGGUUCAGAUUUAAUUUGAGUUCAUCUCGUCUCGUUUUGUAAUCUGGUUUAAUUUGGAUCAAUGCCACACACAUCAUGUGAAAAGAGCUGUUGUUGAAAAUCCCAAAUUGGUCUAUUUACAAUAAAGUCACAGAGAUUAUGUCCAUUCACAAUCUAAUCCAGAUUACAACACUCCCAGUAAAGACCUAAAAGCAGUUUUCCUUUGUGUUGACAUGGUGUCACUUAAGCAACUGCAACAUCAUGCAUUUGCUUCUGUUUCAUCAAACAAAACACAUUUCCUAAUUUUAAGAGUAAGGUUUGUGCACUGUUGGUUUCAUAAUUCUGUUUCAGAUAUUUGCACUUACUUUUGUGAGCUUUACAAAGCAGACAUUAGAUUUAUUGUUGAUAAUAUAACGUGUUCUUAUUUGCUAUAGUCUUUUUGGCUGAAAAGCUAUCUUUGUUCUCUUGACUAAAACCGUUUUAAAUAUCACGCCCUGCUGUGGUUUAAUAAAAGUGACGCAGUUGUCAGCUGCAGAAACCAGGUUCUGGUUAUUCUCUAAAAGUCAUGUGAAUUGGCCUCCUAUAGUUGGUGUCAUUUGAUUCGCAGAACCCACACUCAUCGUAACACACACACACACACACACA